AUGGCCUCUACAAGGCAACAUCUGACAGACAGUCUACAAUGUCCAAUCUGCAAGGAUCUUCUCACCAAGCCGAAGCUUCUACCUUGCUCACACACAUUCUGUGAAGGUUGUCUAACCCAAGUCCACUCAACUCAAGCUUGGCGUGAUCAGAUACCGUGCCCUGUGUGUCGCUCUGUUGCCCACGUGUCCAACAACAACGUAUCAUACUUUCCAACCAAUCAAAUUGCCAAGUCCCUUGUAGAAGAUAUCAAAGAGAGAUCGGACAAGAAGAGAUCGACAGACUCAACAUCCUCUGGCCAACGUUGCACCGUGUGUGAUGAUGAUGAUGAUCAAGGACUUGCUACCUUUUACUGUCAGCAUUGUUCAGAAUUUCUCUGCGACUCUUGUCUUGAGCAGCACAAUAGGUUUAGGAAGAAUGUCUUCCACAAGCUCGUUAGUGCUAGAGACAUCGCAUCAGGAGAAAUCAGAAUACAACUUGCGUGUCCAGAACAUCCUCGAGAACUGCAGCAGUUCGCGUGUAUCACAUGUUUGGUUCGCACCUGCUGUAGGUGUUUGGAAGUGGGUCAUCAGCAUGACGGGCAUGAGAUCGUCGGAAUUGAACAGUGUGACAAGUGGCUCAAAGAAGUAGUUGAUUCUUUGCCGGAAGAAGUAGAACAGAAAACUGCUCUGAUACAGAGCCAUUCGUCAUUUGUGAAGGAGCAGAUUGGCAUUGUUCAAAAUAUUAUCGGUCAACAAAGGCAAGAAAUGAAGAAUUUCUAUGAGGGCGCUCACAAACAUUUACGAGAAUGGAAAGACCAUAUGGUUAAAGAGUGCGACACCUAUGAAAGAUCGCUCUGCAAAUCUCUUGAAGAUAUCAUCCAAUGUCAGGAUGACUUACUUGAUAACUUGCAAGCCAAGGUUUCUGUAGUCACCGAAGAGUGUACUUCUCAACGUAAAGACCCGCCGUUGUCUGAGCGUGUCGCACGAGUUAAAGAGCUUCAGGCUCUCGUGGUAAGAGCCAAUCCUGAUGCAUCUCCUGCUGAAUCUAUAACACUCCGUGCAAAAUCUCUGACCUUCCACCAAGUUCAAACCGUGUUUUGGCUGCCAGAUCGAUGGGUUCGUGAAUGA